AUGUGGGCACUGGGCGUGAUCACUUACAUAAUGCUCUGUGGAUUCGCUCCAUUUCGGAGCGCGGAUCGAAGCCAGUCCAAAUUGUUCGAGGCAAUCAAAAGGGGCAUUUUUGUCUACCUGAGCCCAUAUUGGGAUCCAAUUUCGCAAAGUGCCAAAGAUUUGAUCAAUCGGCUUCUGGUUGUCUCACCAAAACGAAGACUCAGUGCGCAAGAAACACUAGUCCAUCCUUGGGUGUUUAGUGAAGGGGUAGUCUGUCGUUCAGACGAUUUACACUCAUCAUCCGCGUUCGAACAACGACGUCUGGCAUAUCAAAUGGAGCUGGAAAACCAAGCAAAUCUGGUGGCAUUGGAAAGACAACGAUCACCCAAUCGUUCGGUCACAAAGCUAGACAGUAAUUCAGGGUCCUGUGCACUACCCCGCAUUGAACCAAAUCACCUCCAUCUUUCAACUGGAAAAAAUAACAGACCUGCUAAUUCCUAUUCCCCGUCGGCCGUACACCUUCCUUCUUUGCCCAGUUUGCGAUAG